CGAGCGCACUAUCACUUCCGGUUGUUCUCAGGCGGCAAUAUGGCGGACAGGCGGCGGCGGCGCGCGUCUCAGGACAGCGAUGAGGAGGAUGAGGAGGUGCCCGGGGCCGCAGUGGAAGUUGUUCCCGCUGCCCCUCGUGUCAUUGAUCUACCCGCAGUUCAAUCUCGCGAGGCCGAGUCCGAGUGUGAGAGUGAAGAUGGCAUAGGAGGUGAUGCUGUUGUACUCUCAGACUAUGAAAGUGCAGAAGAAAAUGGUUCUCAGAAAUCUGGGGGUGAUGAUGAAGAUGGAGAAUACAGUGAGGAAGAAGGUCCAAAGGAGGAAAUGAAAAAAAUCAAUGAUGAAAAUGAAUCCUUAAAAGAAGGCAAACCUGAAGAGAAGGGAACAGUAACAGGAGAGAGACAGAGUGGUGAUGGGCAGGAAAGUACAGACCCUGUUGAAAAUAAAAUAGGGAAAAAGAAUAGAAGACAACUAGAUGAUGAUGAGGAUCGAAAAAAUCCUGCCUAUAUCCCACGGAAAGGACUGUUCUUUGAACAUGAUCUCAGAGGACAUGCUGAACCAGAAGAAGUGAGGCCCAAGGUUCGUCAAAGGAAGCUCUGGAAAGAUGAAGGCAGAUGGGUGCAUGACAAGUUCCAAGAAGAUGAACAAGCGCCUAAAUCUAGAGAAGAGCUCAUUGCUCUUUAUGGAUACGACAUUCGGUCAGACAGAAAUCCCGAUGAAAUCAGGCCAAGAAGGAUAAGGAAACCCAGGUUCAGAAGUCCAAAUCGAGAUCCGGAAUGGCUGGCUGAACCACUACCAAGGCCUUACUUGCGUAAAGCUACCGGUAGUGAACCGACUCCAAGAACGUUUAACCACAAAAUGGGAGGUCUAGAGCGGAGAUCUCCAGCAAAGAGCUACUACAAACAUGCUUAUAACGAAGAAUGUGAGAAUAUGAGACCAGGAGAAGUAAAUAAUUCAAAAAGUUGCCAAUCUACAGGGAAUUUAUCUGCUGAUGAAAGCAACCUUGAGACACAGAGGCUUGAGCAGGGUUGGAUGCAGGAGAUUGUGGCAGACAGUUUGCAGUCAGUAAAGGACAAUAGUUCCAAACGGGAAAAUACCCAUGUUCCAAGCCAGACAUUUGCUGCUGAGAAUGUGCAGCAGCAGGUACAAGAGAAAACUAUAGAAAAGAAAUCCUACUCUCGCAUUCGAAGGACCAGGAACAAGGUCACAGAGGCAGGAAAGCCAUUGCUGACUGAGGAUGCUUCCCAACCAGGAUUGUUGGCUCCAGCUGACCAGCAACCUGUUCAAGCUGUCUCUCCUCCAGCACUGAAGACCGGCUCCUGGGAGACUCCCCCGGCUGUGGACUCCCCUUUGGCAGGGCUCGAAUGUGAGAUUUCUCAACUGAACGUAUCAGGACAAAACUGGACACCAAGUGGUCAGCCACAGUACAUCCAACCAAGAGAACUCCACGGAAUUUCCAGUUCAAUACACAUAAGUAGUGCUGGAGCACAGUAUAACCGAGUGGAAGAGAUGGCAAUUCAAGGAGGUCGAGCAAAACGUUAUUCAUCUCAAAGGCAACGGUCUGUACCUGACGCUCCCCCACCACCUCCUCCUCCACCACCGCCGCCACCACCACCAGCCCCAGGACCUGCUCCUGCACCGCUCCACAUCGGCCUGAUGGAAGGACAUUACUACGAUCCACUACAAUUUCAAGGACCUAUAUACACACACAACGAAAGUCCAGCUCCUUUACCACCUCAAGGAAUGAUUGUCCAGCAAGACAUUCACCUUCCUCAUCCAGUCCCAGGUUUCAAUCAUCACCAGUCACCCAAUCACCUCACUAACUCGGGAUUGUAUGCUCCACAAGUUCCUAUGCCAACUGGACAGCCACCUCCACAGCAGAUGCUUGCUCCUUCCUACUUCACACCUGGAAUGAUGAACUUUGGAAAUCCUAGUUAUCCAUACACGCCUGGAGGCCUCCCACCUCACAUUUAUCCAACCACUCAGGCCCAGUCUCAAGUCUAUGGUGGAGUCACAUAUUACAAUACCGUACAGCAACAGGUGCUGCCAAAGCCAUCCCCUCCUAGGAGACCGUCUCAGCCGGUUACUGUUAAGCCACCACCUCCUGAGGACAACCGAAAUGAAAAGUCUAAAGAAAUGACUGAUGGUUAACAGCAGCAGCGAUGUGUUCAUAUCACUGAAAGAAUGUUUAGAAGUGGAUGAAACGUGACUGAUCUUGGUGCCAGCUGAUUGUUGCUGGUGCUCUGAUGUUACUAAUGUUACUAAUGUUCAUAGCCAUCAUUUAACUCUGGCUACAGAAUGUGUGGACCAGCCUUUCAGAAAGCAUGAGGACUUGUUGACUGACAGAAAUGAUUCCUCAGGGCUUGUCCUUCACUUGUUCAUAAAUAAGGCUCUGAACAGCUUUCAUUAUUGUAUGAAUGAUAUUAUAAAAUAAACCAGCAGCCAAUUACUUCUCAAUUUACUGCUCAGCCAAGUGCGGUUUUGCAGUUUCGGGAAGAGCAAAGGGGUAACCUCCAAACCAUCGAGCCUUUGUAUUUGAUAAAUCGUCAAGGCUGUGUCUUUCUGUAUUUCCAGAACAAGGUUGGUGUAACUACUAAUUUCAAAGAUUCUUAAACAAUUUUUUCUUUUCUCCUUGUGUAAGUUUGAUGCUGUAAGGUCCAUUGUGCAUUGUAAGCUGAUUGAAGUGCACGAUAAUAAAAAAUUAAAAAAGUUAGCUUUG